AUGGCCAGCGAAAAGCAAACGGUUCUCAUUACUGGCUGCAGCCCCGGUGGCAUCGGGCAUGCGCUCGCGCUUGAAUUUAAUACUCAAGGCUACCAUGUCAUCGCGACCGCCAGGAGGCUUUCCGUCAUCGAACCGCUUAGGGACCUGGGAAUGUCUAUUUUGCCGGUAGACGUAAACUCUACGGAGAGUGUCAACGAUCUGAAAAAGCAGGUCACGGAGCUCACUGGGGGCAAGCUGGACUAUCUAGUUAACAAUGCUGGACGGAACUAUACUGUUCCGGCACUGGACGUCGAUAUCGAUGAGGUACAGCAGACGUUCGAGACAAAUGUGGUCGGAGUGAUCCGCAUGUGUCAAGCAUUUGCGCCUCUUUUGAUCGAGGCAAAGGGUUGCAUUGUCCAAAUCGGAAGUAUAGCUGGAUUAAUCCCUUAUGUUUUUGGGUCUGUAUACAAUGCUAGCAAGGCAGCCUUGCAUCAUUAUAGCAGUACUCUACGGGUCGAGUUAGCUCCGUUCGGCGUCCGGGUGGUUACCAUCAUCACGGGAGGAGUGAAAUCGAAUAUUGCACGCGUUGACCGUACUCUCAACCCGAACAGCAUAUACAUGCCCAUCGAGGAAGAAUACAUCCGGCGAGUCAAACACAGCCAGGAGGUGGGGAUGGAUACGAAGAAAUACGCGGCGAGCGUGGUUCAGCAAGUUACCCGCCCGGGGAUCCUCGCCAGACUGUUCCGGAACCGAAAUUGGGUAUGGGAGGGGGCGAAGAGCUGGCUUGUGUGGUUUGGUUUAACAUUCAUGCCCAAGAAUUUCUUCGACUAUAUCAUGACGAGAAUGUUUCAUCUCUGGAAGCUUAGAGGCGGUAAGGCCAAGGCUACUUAG